AGAUAAACUAGCAACCACGUAUUCAUUUCCCCGAGACGCGCGCCGCUCUUUUCAAUAACUAUCUCGUCUGCGAUUGUCAAAUUCACACAUCAGUAACCAAUCAAUUCGUGGUAAUUUCACGUCAGAAAUCCGGCAUGAAUAAUAAGAUUUGUUUUCAGAAGCGUUUAAAAUGUUACCAAGAAGAAGAUGGUAUAUAAAUUUCAUCUUCGGUCACGAUCACCACUUUGAAAGCUCUUUCUGGACUCGUAGCAGGAGGUCUUUGGUUUUAAACGUGUCUCCUACCAGUUUUGUUGAGAUUCGAACUAAGGAUGACUUUGCAAGGGAGUCUUCCUCCAUACGGCACGUUCCUGCCAGCAGAACCUGGUCGUCUGACUACGGAGGAUCUCCGGCGUGGUGUGGUCGGUAUGCUCCCGUGUACUUCACGGGCAUGCGACCUGACCCACCCACUCCUGACUAUUCCUCAAGGGUAUUCGAGCAAACUAUUCGGCCGGCUUUACGAGCCCUCGCCUUCCCGUACCGGGGCGAUAGGGGGCAGCAAACCAAAAGUAGCCACUCCAGCCGUCGUGGAGAAGAUCGAGAGUUAUAAACAUGACAACCCAACAAUCUUCGCAUGGGAAAUCAGAGAUAAACUCGUGGCUGAUGGAGUUUGUACAACAUCGACCGUACCGAGUGUGAGUUCCAUCAACCGGAUAUUACGUAAUAGGGCAGCGGAGCGAGCUGCAGCGGAGUACGCACGCGCAACGGAACAGGCUUAUCUCCGCGCGUAUCCAGAGUUAUGGUCCGGUUGCCAUGGAUCUCAACUUUUCAAUCCCAUGUCCAUGGCUCGUGCUCUGAGAGCAGAUAAAAUGAAAAGGACGCCAUCUACGUCAGAAAGCAGUCAUUCCCAUUCUGGAAUGUCCGGUCAGACAGGAUGUUGUUCUGCGUCUCCUCCUCCUUCUAUCGAUGACAAUUUCAGAUCGAAGGAAUCAGAAACAUUACCGCCAAAUACCGAAUCAAGAGAGCCGAGCCAAAACGUGAUCCAUGAUGAGAAGAUUGACGAUUCCACAUCUGACGUCGCAUUCGUUCCAUCAUCUUCAUCUUCACACCUUUCUUCAUCGUCGUCGCUUGACCCGUCAUCUUCGCCUUCAUCGUCGUCUUCGUUCUCGAUGGAUGAUUUCGUCAAUAUGAGCCUCCUUGAUUGUCACAAUGCUGCUGCUUCAGCAGCGGCUACUGAGAUGUCAAUGGCGGCUGCAGCGGCUUCGGCAGAACGCAAGAAACUUAGACGCAGCCGCACGACGUUUACGCAAAAUCAACUGGCCGUGUUGGAGAGCGAGUUCGAAAAGACACACUACCCCUGCGUGAAUACGAGAGAGGAGCUGGCGUCCAAGACUAGCCUCUCGGAAGCCAGGGUUUGGUUCUCGAACCGCCGUGCAAAAUGGCGCCGUCACAAGAAAGUGCCCUCUACGGCCAUCCCUCACCAGGUCUCCCUCGCACAUCCCAGCCUUCGGAUGCCACUGUCUUCAUCAUCACCAUCGGUGGCAGCGGUGGGAUUGCUAUCCCAUCCCUACUACCAAUUCUACAGCGCCCUCCAGCGACCAGAAUCUUUCAGGCCUAUUGAGCUUGGAGGUUCCAAACUGCUCAAGUCUUCCCGCGUGACGUCAGCCUUCCAACCUGUGACGUCAGAUCUUAUUCGACAGUCUCCCUCAUCCUCCUAAACUCUGAUCUUCCAGUAAAAGGAUGAAAGUAAAAAGGAACAAUUCUCUUCAUUUCUCAUGCGGUACUAAGUGCUGCCGCAUUCAGAAUUGAGGCACAUACCUAAUAAUGAAGUUUUGUAAGUAAGUCUUGUUGAAAUGCUCCACAGGGAGUGGAGAAAGUUUAUACAUUGUGCAUAGAAUCUCGGGAUGAUUAUAAUGUCUGUAAAGCGCUUAUUAUUAAAUUUGAGAGGUCGUUUCCGAUGUAAAAAGCGCAAUAUAAAAGCGGAUUGUUGUUAAUACUAUGAAAGUGCAAUUAAUACAUAUUUUUUGUAAAUAGUUUGAAACUGUGAGUCGCCGAGAGUCAGGCCUAUAAGGUGAAGGUGUUUUAUUUUAGGCCUAAAUUAUGAAGACAAUUUUUCAAAGAAUUUUUAAUGUGCAAAUAAUGAAGAAAGCAUGACUAUAGAAUUGCAUGUACAGGUGACAGUAAUUGGCGAAGGGGAGAAAUCUCCGAACUUUGAACCACAACUUCCCAGGUUCAAUGUACGUUGGUAACACUCAUAUCAUUUGACAGGGCGUAUAUCUUCAAUUGCCACUCUCCACCCAAGUAUAGGAAAUGGGUAUCUCGUAGGGAAUUCCUCGACUCUCAUAUAACGUCUGAUCAGGGUAGCCGUGAUUAUAAGCCGACGUAAUAGUGACACCGUAUCAUUUGUGUUUGAAACCAUGGUUUCGUAUAUUUUACACUUUUGAAUGUUCUUCAUUAUUUCCAAAGGAAGCUAUGAUAGGCCUGCUGGGAGUGCUUCAGCACCCCAAGAUUUUUCUGGGGGUGCUGCACCCCCUGGAAUUCUGGUAGAUGUGACAAAAUGGAGAAAUAUUAUAAAAAUGACCUACAAUUUGUAUAGAAACCCAUUUUUUAUUUGCUUGUCAAAUUUCUUGGGACCAAAUUGACAUUCAUUUUUUUAAAGUGACACCUCUUUUAUUAU